UUAUGUUGUUUUGAACGGACCGUUGUAAUAUAUAUAUUUUCUAAUGAAAUAUGAGUGACAGUGACAGUGAAAAUAUUGCAAAUAUAAUGGAACGAGACAGUGCAUCGCCUGUAGGUGACCUGUGUGCUUUUUAAAUUGUUAUGGAUGACGGAAGAGAAUUUCUCAUGGUCAUUGUAUACAUUUCACCCAAUCAAAAUAGUCACGAAGGAUCGAUGCUUUUGAAAGAUAAUUUGGAUAAAUUACCAUUACUUUUAGCAGGAGAUUUUAAUGUAAAUUUCGCAAGAGACAAUUCAUUACAAUUAAUUACGUUUCUUCAAGAAAAAUUUAGUUUGCAUAUUAAUAUCGAUCCAAGAGAAGCAACAACCAGAUAUGGAACUGCUAUAGAUGGAGUAUUCACAAGGUACCUUGAUAACGUUAUGUCACGUACUUUUGUUGCUUAUUUCAGUUAUCAUCGUCCAAUUGUUACAUUGAUACCAGCAAUUGUACCAUUAGAAGCAUUAACUGCUACUGUCACAGAAAUAACUGACGAAGCAACAGAUAAUAUUGAUUAGAGUAGUUACAUUAUUACAUUUGUAUAUUUUUGUAUGUCUUUGUAAAUCUUUUAAGUACUUCAUAUGCAAAUAAAAAACAAAAUAGUCUUAUGA